AUGGAUCAGAUUCAAGGACAAAUACUGUAUAUCAAAUUCAUGGAUAUCACUUUUCUCAUUUCAGCUUCUGAUUAUGAAAUAACAAUGACUAAGAACACUGUAACCCUCAGAAGUGACUUUGGCAGUGCAGAACAAAUUAACACUUCACACAUUAUACCCCUUCCUACUGGGCACCAAGAAAGCUUUUCCUUCAAACCCAAAGAUGUAAUAGAAAAUGGAGCCAUUCACUACUCUACUGCACAUGCUUAUGUGGCUGCAAACAAGGCAAAUGUAUCUAAUAUUGCACAGGCAACAAUGAUUAUUCCAAAUGAUCCAACUGGUGAGGCUAGUAAUGGUAUUAGCAUCACAGUGCUUGUGCUGAUAGUUGCAGGAUCCUUAAUCUUGGUACUGAUUAUUGUAGCCAUGACUGUUAUUUUCAAAGUUGACCGUUAUAUUAAGACCUUGCACUCUUCGGUUUACGCUACCCAAGAAGAAUUGAAGGAAGUGCACAACAUGGUCUCUCAUACAGAGCUUGCUUUGAAAGCAGUUUCUGAUUUCUUGGAUGAACAGGAAAAAGGAAGUAAAACAAGUGCAACAAAUAGAAGAAUUGAUGGAAGCAAGAAAACUGAAUUUGUAAAAUGUAUCAAUAAAGAGGAAGCCAAAGAUCAAGAGAAGGGCCAUGCAGAGGUUCUGGCAGAAAAGAAACAACAAACUAGAACUCUACAAGGAGUUAUGUGGACUGGGCCCAUAGUUAACGGCCUUCUGUUGAAUGGGGACAUGGAUCUACAACUGGUCCUGCUGUGCAGGAACAAACCUACUGCCAGCCUCCUGAAGAAAGUUGCCACUCAUCUUUGUCUACAGUUUGCUUCGAUCACUGAAGAGAAGUACGAAGUAACAGAGUGCAUCAAAGAAGCUGCCAUUCUGGUCAAGAAUUCUAAACAACCACCUUUAAUGUUGAAAAUCUUUCUAACUUCCACUGUUGUCAGAGAGGAGCUUGAGAAGACAGCAGACCGAGAAACCCCAAGGGUCAGCGACCCUUCAGAUGUUCUGGAUAGUCAAAAAUGUCUUGCUGCCUUGGCAUCAUUCCGACGCACCAAGUUUUUCCAGGUUAGAGCUGCUAGACUGAAAUCGUGUGUGAUUGUUACUAGAGUUUUGAGAGAUCUGUGCAACAGAAUGCCUGCCUGGAAACCACUUAAAGGAUGGCCUCUUGAACUGAUAUGUGAGAAAGCUAUUGGUACAGCCAGCUGGCCAAUGAAUGUAGGAAUGGCCUUUCGAAGGGUCCUGGAAUGCCUUGCUUCAGGAAUUCUUCUGCCAGAUGGCCCUGGUCUUUAUGAUCCAUGUGAAAGAGACUGUGUUGAUGCAAUUGGUCAUUUGGACAGACAACAGAGGGAAGACAUCACUCGAAGUGCCCAGCAUGUUUUACGCAUGGUUGCUUUGGGUCUAGUUGAUAAGAUCUUUACUGAGGAUAAAAUACACUCAAAAAUACACCAUAAACAAGGCAGGGAUUAUAAUGUGUACACAUUGGGUUCUUCAUCAAAAAAUCCUUUGAUGAUUCUGACUACCAUGUAUCCUGGACUGCAGUACAUACUGAUCAGACAGACGGGCCCAGACCAUGAUCCAAAGUUUACAGUGGGGGUUAAUGUGGCUGGCAAAUCCUAUGAGGCGUCAGGACCUUCUAGAAAGAUGGCUAAAUAUUGUGUGGCAGUAAAGGUACUGGAAGACUUGGGGUUACCAACAAAUGCAGAAUAUAUUGCAGAGGCUGAAAUCGAUGGUGAGACAUUUUUUGGUACAGGGAGAAAUAAGAAAACUGCAAAAGCACAUGUUGCACUGGCAGUGCUAAAAAGACUGUAUUCAGAUAAUGAGGUAGCACCUGUUGAGACAGAAAAGGAAAUACCUGCCAUGGUGAGCAGAGAUGCGGAAGCCAUGCCAGUGAUAAGCAACACAAAAGCAAAGACCGUACCAGAGGCUAAAAAACUACUUGGUCCAAUUUUCACAAAAAAUGGGAAAAAUCCUGUAUUGGAACUGAAUGACUUUCAAAAAGGUCUAAAAUAUGAAAUACUGUCUGUAUCUGGUUGCAGCUAUGACAGACAUUUUAUCAUGGAGGUUGAAAUCAAUGGGCAGAAGUUCACUGGUGAAGGACCAAAUAAGAAAACAGCGAAGGCACAAGCUGCACUGGCUGCACUUGACACACUCUUCCUACAUGAUGAUGUCCUACCUGCUAACAGAGAUAAGAAGAAAAUGGCUCCUGCAGUGGAAAGAAUGCCAGAGCUGCUAAUUAUUCAGCAAGAUAACAAAUUCUUCAGCCCUGCCAGUGAUACAGUGUGGAAACAAACAGAAAGCAUGAAACACACCUAG